UUACCGCAAAAAAAUAGUUUAAUAUCUCCGUGUCGUUUGAUUCGAUCGCCAGUCUCAGCCCCCGUCUAUGUGCCCAUGUGCCUGUGCCUCUGCAUCUGCAUCUGAGUCUGAGUCCCUGCAUCUGUGUCUGUGCCAGUGCCAGUGCCGUGACAGUGCUUCUGUGUGCGUUUUCGUGUGUGCUUGUGUGUGUGUGCCGGUGGCUUAACCAAAAUUACCACAAUUAGAAAGCCCGAAAUCGAAAAAGUCUGGCCCGAAAUUUAAUCAUUUUUUUGAAGUGCUUGUGGUGUAAUCAUAACAAAGAAAGUCAGAUUCAAAUCCUCAAAGAUCCAACUCGAUUUGGUGUGCUGGGAGUUACUAUAAACAAACUUACAUAACUGGAGUAAAAAUUGACCAAAUGAGCUGACAAUGAUCGGAUUGAAAGCGUCGACUCUUUGAGGCAGGCAUUGAAAUCAAACCGAAAACCCACGAAACCCGCCGGCAACUGAAUCCACUGAAUACUGGCAGCCAAAGAGAGGCCCUGAAAUACCUUCUGCCCAGCUAGCAGCUGCAAUAAUGCACAUUUCUGCUGAGGUCAGUUCGACCACCUCAAAUCAAAUACAGCAACAGCAGCAGCACCAGCAGCAGCAACACCAACAGCAGCAACAGCAACACCAGCAGCAGCAACAUCAGUCGUUGCAGCAACACCAACACCAGCAGCAGCAGCAACAACAACAGACAGCUACAACGACCACAACGAAGCGGCGAAAUGCUGAGUCUUCCUCCAACAACAACAACAAUACAAGCACCACCAAUAACAACAAUAGCAGCAGCAACAACAAUAACAACAACAACAACACCAGCACCACCAACAAUAAUAACAAUAAUAAUAAUGUUAAAACAAAGCCCGUGGACACGAGUCCUUACUUGACCCCCGAGAAUCUCAUCGAGCGCACCGUCGACGUCCUGCUCGCCGAACAUCCUGGCGAGCUGGUCAAGACGGGGUCACCGCAUGUGGUCUGCACCACAUUGCCCACACACUGGCGCUCGAAUAAAACCCUACCGAUCGCCUUCAAGGUCCUGGCCUUGGGCGAGGUCAUGGAUGGCACCAUAGUCACCAUCAGAGCCGGAAACGAUGAGAACUUCUGCGGGGAACUGAGGAACUGUACGGCCGUGAUGAAGAAUCAGGUGGCCAAGUUCAACGAUCUGCGGUUUGUGGGCCGGAGCGGAAGGGGCAAAAGCUUCACUUUGACAAUUGUCAUCUCGACGAAUCCCAUCCAAAUAGCCACAUACACGAAGGCCAUUAAGGUGACCGUGGAUGGGCCAAGGGAGCCCAGAUCCAAGGUGCGACACCAGGGAUUCCAUCCGUUCGCCUUUGGGCCACAACGUUUUGGACCGGAUCCACUUAUGGCCGGAUUGCCCUUCAAGUUGCCAGGAUUUGCCCAUCAUCUCGUAGGAAUGCACAGCCACCUGCAUGCGCCCGAUUGGCGUGCUCAUAUGGCCUUGGGCGGUCGCCCGGCCGCCUUUCCCGCCGCCCCCUUUUUCACCCACCAUGCGGCGGCCUUUCCCAACGCCAGUGGCCUGCGUGGUCUGAGUGGGGACAACCAGCAGCACCAGCAACAGCAAUUGGCCACCGUGGGUGCGGCUCAUAGCACCACCAGUCCGGAGGGAUCCCCGACCACCACCACCACCAGUGGUACUCAGUUGAGCGCCUUUGUCCAGCCGCCGAUGACGUCAUCGCCUCCGCCGGUGACCAGUCUGCAGCACGACAAUAACAAUAACAACAACAACAACAGUAGCAGUCACAUUGAUGCGGGUUUCGAGAGCGAUAGCAUUUCCGUGACGGGAUCACCGAGGAAAAGUCUGGGAUCUCCAUUGACCCACGACGAGGAGGAGGCGGAAGCGGAGGCAGAAGCAGAGGAGACGGAAGUGGUCGGAUUGAAUCUAAACAAUGGCGGAGUUCCCGGCUCCCUGCACAGCGAAAGUUCCCCCGGUUCGGGUGGCGCCUUCACCGCUCUCAUCCAGCGUAGUGGCAAGAAUCCCACGGAACUAUUUGGCGGCUUUGCCGGGGCAGGUGGCAAUCACUUUGCCCCCGGCGGACAUAGCUUUAAUCCAGCUCUGGCCGCCCAGCUGUUCCUGCAAAGUCCACUCCUACCGCAAUCGAGUCAGUGGCUGUAUACCCAGCUAUAUGGCAGCUACAGUGAUCUUCCCUGGCUGAGAAACGCAGCAGCUGCAGCGGCUGCCAACAUCAAUCCGAAUCAAGAGAAUCCCGGAGUGCCGCCUCUGAGUAGCAAUCCCGAUCACGAUGGCGUUAAUUUGAUCAAGCGAUGUGUCACUUUGAUAACCCACAAUCCGCCGGAUGCCGAGAAUGCCAAUCCGAAUGCCUCGCCACCGGUCAGCUCAACCAGGCGAUCCCCGUCGCCGGUGGAAACCAUAGAUCUGGAUGAUGUCAGUACCACCUCGAGGUCGGCCAGUGGGUCAAGUGGUCUUGGUGGUGGUGCUGGAGGACCGAUCAGGACGCGAACUCCCAAACCGUCGGCUGAUGUCUGGCGUCCUUACUAG